UUAGUUGCAUUGACUCGGAGAAAAUACAGUAGAAAUUUUAAGAAUUCAAAAUGGAUAUUAAAAAUAAGGUUGCUAUUGUAACUGGUGGAACUGGUGGAAUUGGAUUUGCUACGGUUCAAGCAUUGCUGAAAAAUGGAGUCAAACAUGUUGCCAUAUUUGAUGUCGAAGCUACCAGAAAUCGUGCUGCAUCUCAAUUACAAAAAAUUGCUGUAGAGUUUGGAAAAGAUCGAGCAUCGUAUGUAGUUUGUGAUGUGACAAAUCCAAAGCAGAUAGAAGAUUCCUAUAACGAAGUAGUUAAAUCGCAAAAAGGAGUUGAUCUACUAAUCAACAAUGCAGGAAUAUUAAGUGACACUCAUGCAAAUUUGAUGAUCGACAUUAAUUUGAAAGGACUUGUAAAUUGUACUUUGACAGCAAUUGAAAGAAUGGGUAAACACAACAAAGGUAAAGGAGGGACUAUUGUUAAUGUAGCGUCGACUGCUGGUCUUUAUCCUUUUCCAGCAUUGCCAAUUUAUAAUGCUACAAAGUUCGGCGUGUAUGGUUUCACCCUAUCUUUAAAGGAGCAUUACCAAAACACAGGUGUAAGAGUUGUAGGAAUGUGUCCUGGUGUGACGCAAACCGACUUUUUACAAAGAAACUGGCGCGAAGAAAGCUUAAAAUUUGUUGACGAUAAAUUCUUGGAUGACUUACGCAACAGCUCUGGUGUUAUACAGCCACCUGAAAACGUAGCUGAAGCAAUUGUUAAAAUGAUAAAAGAAGCAGAACCUGGAGCAAUUUGGUUAUCCGAGGAAAAUAAACCACCUUGUGCCAUAAAAGAAGCACCACAUUACCAGAGCAGAAAAAUGCUAUUGAAAUAGGGUAGCUUGAAAUUUACCCGUGAAUAAAUUAGAUUUAUAAAUCUAAAAUUAGGCAACAAUUACUUUGAGUAGAAGUGGAUAGCAAAACAUAUCUAUGUUUCAUUACAUUUUAAUUUGCAAUGAUGCUUUAAUAAAAGUAAAAUAGUUAUCGAAGUAAUACUAAUAAUAUCAGAUGAAAUUAUAUUAUAUUAAAUAUAAAUCUUAUUAGUGUUGCAUCUCAUGUAAUAAAAUAAAUUAAAGCUAUUAAAUAGUGCGUUCUUAUUUUUGAAGUUAUAUUCGAUUUUUAAUUUUCAAGAGAUAGGAAUGGCUAGAAUAUAAACGAUAAUUAUCAAUAGAAUAUAACUACAAUUAUAAGUUUGUAUAAUUAUACAAAAACCGAAUUUUUCAACAUAGAUGUCUCAUAAGUUUGUAUUUAAAAAUCAUUGCGUUACCGAAUGCCUUAUAAUUAACUCACAAGUUAUUUUAUUAUUCUGAUAAUAAUAAAAUACGUAUUAAUCUAUAGUUUAAGAACUGAAAGCAAAAGUCUAUACUUGCCAUUUACGUCCAUGAUUUGUAUUCGAUUACCGCAACAAAAUCAACUAUAGUAAAUUUAUUUAAGGUUUGGUUUCGCGUUCAGUUCAUAUUUUAAUAUUGACACUUAAAUACUUAGGUAAAAUGAUAUAUCAUAUACAUGUCUGCACUAUGUCUACUUAUUUAAUCAAAAUCAAUAAAUUGAACAAAUCAAUAAAUCACAUUUUUUAAAUAAUUUCGUCUGUGCUGGUACCACGUUAUAAUGAAAUAUUUUCUAAUUUUCGUCGAUAAUCUGUAUUGGCAGAUACUUAAAAAAUUAUAUCUGCGAUAUUCUGAAUCUAUUCUGCAAAGCAAAACAAGCACUUUACUAUUUAUAAGUAGUUUUGUGAUAUGCAAUAGGCAAGUAAACAAACAGCACUUCUGCUUGUAAUCUAUCACUAUUUGCGUAGUCAGUAAAAGACAACUUUUUAAAAAUUAAUGUGAUAACCUGAUACUUUAUAUAUCUUGCUCAAUAUUAUCAAAACCUUUUAUUAUCAU